CUCCGUCAUUUCCUUCCCAACCAAGCGGCUCCGUUGCUAAGGAGAACACCUGCUGCCUAGUUACCGACGCUUCAAGACAGGGACAGCGACUGUUGACCGUAGGUUUAUCCCAAAAUACCGGGUUUUUUUAACGGGUUUUUGUAACAACUGAAACUACACCGCCAGUAGGUCUAUCCCAGAAUACCGGGGUUUUGUAACAAUUGAAGCUAUAACCGCCAUUAGGUCUAUAUCCCAGAAUACCGGGUGUUUUGUAACAACUGAAACUUUACCGUAAUGGCGAACCCCCACCGCACCAACGUUUUGGUUACGUCGUGUCUGAAGACGCCGGUUGACCCGCACACCAAGACGCCGUUAGCGUCCUACGAGCGGGAGAGAGUGCUGCCGUACUCGGAUACAAAAUUCAUGGACAACCGGGACUACGAGAACGAGCUGGAGUAUGAGGACUCGGGCUCUGAUGUCUGCGAUGAGGACUACGCGGGGAAGGGCGGUCCUCUCGUGAUGACCAACUUCAGAGCGGCAGGAGACCGCCUGGAUCUGAGCGAGAUCUUCUUCUCCAACGAGGAGUACUACAGCAAGCUGGAGGAGCUGAAGAAGGCGCACCUCCGCACCAUGGCGGAGCUGGAGAGCAUGUAUCGGCGGAAGCUGCAGCUCCAGGCCAUGGAGCCGCUGGACACGACCAUGCUGGAGACAGGAGGACACAGACUACCGUGGUCCAACAGCAGCCCAGCGGCUUCACGCCGUUUGAGGAAGUCGCACUCUGCUGUUGAACUCCGGAGGGCCUCCGGACAUUCAGACUCUUCAGACGAAGACGAAGCUGCCGGUAACGAUGUGGAGAAAGGCCUGCUUUUUUCUCCUGAAGAACACAUCAAGAACAUGUGGCAGGACUUCAAGCUCUCCCUUCACAACCCCCACCUGUCGUCGUCCUCGAUGCACAGCCUGCCGACAGACCAGAGGAGACCACGAAAGGCAAAAGGAAAGAAGAGACAGGGGCAGAAAGACGGCGAGCAUUGGAAACAUAGACUGACCAUCCCGAAACCUUUCCAGAUGAUGCUGCGCGAGUCGGACAGGCAAAGGAGCGGCUUAAAGACGCGUUCGGAGAUCGAGCAGGAGAACACGGAGCUGCGAAAGCAGCUGGAAGAACUGAAAGAGUGUCAGAAGAAGUUCCGCGCCAGCCCGGCGCCGGCUCAUCUUCACCUCCCGCUUUACGAAGAGCUGCAGGAGCGCGGCGAGAGACGACGGCGGACGAAAGAGCGAGAAGACGCGCAUCUUCAAACCGUCCAGAAGCCCUUCAGCUUCCUGGAGAGGGAGCGCAAGAAGAAGGAGCAGAAACAGCUGCAUCAGCCCCAGCCGUCCGACCAGGAGAAGGUCAAACCCUUCAAGGCCAAGCCCGUGCCCAAGGCCGUGUACGCAGCGGCGUCGGGGGAGCAGAUGAAGGAGGAGCAGCUGUAUCGGUCCAUCAAGAUACAGAUGAGAGCUGAGGAGAUGCUCCACAGCGCCUCGAAGCCUCCCAGCAUGCUGGAACGGCGACUCGGCGGCCGCAAGAAGACCAAAGACGGCAGCGCCGCAGCCGGAGGGGACGACAGCUUCUCCCACAGGCCCCAUAUCAACAAGGAGGUCCCCGACUUCGACGCCAGUUACCGACGCUUCAAGAAACACCUGGAGAAACAGAAAGAGGUGAAGCCCACAACUGCGUGUGAACCCUUUGAGUUGAGGACGUCGCACAUCACGUCGCACCGUGAACGCAUCCUGGCCGACAUCGAGAAGGAGCAGAGCAGCCCUCGGAUGAGGCGCUGGCCGUACGUCAGCCCCGGGACGCCUCGCACGCCGAACUCGAGUCGGUGUUCGUCCCUCUCCGGCAGCCUGGAGUUCCUGCCCACCAAAGUCACGGAUGCCACCAAAAAGAGGCAUGAGGCUGUGAGGAAGGUGCUGGAGCAGAGGAAGAAGGCCGAGGAGGAGGAGGAGCGGUGGAGGGAGAAGCAGAAGCAGCGGGAGAAGAAGCUGCAGGGGGUGGUGUUGAAACGUGCCCAGGCCAACGACCCCCACCUGGCUCUCUCACAGACGCACCCGACCAAACUCAAAGAAUUCAGGAAACAAGAGCUUCAGCGCAAGAAGGAGUACAAGCAGGAGAUUAAAGAGAUGAAGCAGAGAGUGAAGGGGAGGCCGCUGCUCCUGGAGCAGGUUGCACAGAGGAAUGCCAAACAGGCAGCGGAGAAGCGCUACACAGACGCCCUGCACGGAUGGGAUCUGACUGAAGAGUUCAUCAGCAGCAAGGCCGUUAAAUCAGGCUGUGCAGGCAAAGCCUCCCCGUCCACUGACAGCAAACAGAGUGACCAGGAGGAGCCGGACAUGGGCUACAAACCCGUUCACUACAGGAGGGUCUUCCUGGACGACGAAGACCCAGAAGCCGAUCCAGACGACAAGGAAGCGGCGAGCGACAAGACGUCACCGAACCGCCGUGACGGCGAGGACGCCGGCGCCGGUCACCACUCGGAGCAGGAGUCCCGUAGAGAUGACGACGACGACGAUGAUGAUGAUGAUGAUGAUGAUGAUGAUGAAAGUUACCACUACUCAGACGACCAUGAGAACUAUUCAGACGACAGCGAGCACGACGUCGACACCACACAGCAGGAAGCGGGGAAGUGAUAUAACUCGCCAUGGCUACAUGUAUGUGUUCAAAUACUCUGAUAGAAAGCACAUCAAGUGCAGAGGAAGCUUCUUAUUGCUUCUUUAUGAUAAGAUGUGAUGUUUUAUUGUACAUAUCGUGCACGUAAGAAUAGAAAACGUCUUCGAAGACGUGACCUUUAACCCGAUUGGGUCUGAAAUCACUCCUGUGUUCACUUGUUCACUAUUCUCAGGGGUACAUCCCAGGUCAAUAAGUUGCAUCCCUGUUUCCUUCGCUUGCUUCCCUUCCCCCGCCCGUCUCACUGAGGAAGAGUAAGGAAAUCACAAGAGGAGAGAGGAAACGAGGGAAGGUGUCUUUUAGAGGGAUGAGACGACCUUUCUGCUUUCAGCUGCACGGCUCCCGGGAAAGGCUGCUCUCGUUCAUCCUCGCUCGUAGCUCCAAAGAGAUCCCUCCUUCAUCCUCCAUCCUAGCUCCUGGGGGGACAGGAAUGAGAGCUUUGACGCGGCCUUCAACGAGGAGGACCAGAACAACUUCCUGUUUGAGCGAGGAGAUGUAAAAUAAGAGACUUUAAGAAGCAGCCCCAGCAUUAAAACAACUCGUUAGACGGAAUCUGUGGGCGCAGAAUUGUGCAAAUUUUUGCAGAUUUUCAUUCUGAAUCAACGUUUUUAAAACUGUAAAAA